AUGUUUCUUUGUGCAUUUGCAAAGGUGUUCUUGCUUUGGGUUUCGACGCUGGGAGAGGCCAAGGCUCCUGUUCCACCAACAGUAGAGCCAGGAGCCAAGGACUUUGGGGGUGGCACAUCUGACACACCUGGGCAUGGUGCGUGGAUGCAGGAGGUGGGUCAUUCAAAGCCCGUAGAGGUGCUUACGGGCCUUCCUGACUGGCAGACCUUCUACCAGGACUAUGUGCGUGCAAACCGACCUGUCGUCCUAAAGAAUGCUGCGCAGACUCAGAAAGCCUUUUCAAAAUGGACUGAUGAGUACCUCCUGGACCUUUGGCGCAAGCGAAGAGUUGACGUUGAGAUCAAGAAGGUUGAAGAGCGCGGAGGCCCUACUGUGCAAUGGCCCUUUGAAAAAUUCCUCCGCGAAAUGUACAAGGUAGAGAGGAAGGAUGAGCUUUAUGCAGUCAUAGGUUUUGAAGAUGAUGCCCAAGCCCUGGCGGACGUGGCCCUCCCGCAGCCAGCAAGGUGUCAAGAAGUUUGGCCCCAAUCUGCUACCCUUUGGAUGAGCAAUGGUGGCACCAUGUCAGUGCUGCACAACGAUGAUGGUGAGAACUUCUUGAUGUUGCUGGAUGGCACCAAAAGUGCACACCACUACCUUCUCACCAGACAUUGGCAGAAGGCAAGCUUGUGGAUGAAGGCGGAGUUGCUUCACUUGCUGGCGGAGCUCUUUACCACCGCAAACUUGUCAAGUCGUGUCGAGCUACAUUUGUCGGAUACGAGGCUGUUGCGUCUAUUGCUGGAGGCUGCCCACCAGCGAGCCCUCCGGGAGGCGCACUCUGGAGGUGCAGUAAAGCCAGGGCCGAAGGCUCUUCAAGCAGACACGGAUCGAAAUGCAGUCAGCGGUGCUGGGGAGCGACUGCGUGGCCGCAUGUUGGAGGCCCUGCGAAGGCAAGCAGCUACUGCAUCUGGAGAGAGGCUUGCAAACAGUCAAAGUGGAAGCAGUGGAAACAGUUCGCUUCCAGUUCAGGAUCCGGUUCGAAACUACAUCCCUCCCGCCGCCCUGGAACGGGCAGCUGCAGAGCUUGCGGGGCUGCUGGCAGGAGCAUCAUCACCGGAGGCACCCAAAUCAGUUCACGCCUUCCUCAGCGAGGUCGAAGAACUUUAUGCAUCUAGCAACAUUCCUGCUCCUGCAAGUCCUGCAUCCCCCCGAGGGAGCUCCCAGGUUUCAUUGGGAGGUAGGUCCCUUUCGGAAUCAGUUGCCGAGGACCUGAAGGAGGUUCUGCGAUCCUUGCGUGCUUUGGACAGCUUGCUUGCAAGCCAAACAUCAUGGCGUGGAGUCAUGAUCGAUCCACAAAUGCCUAUCAAUUCUAUGUAUGGUCCUGGGCUGAUCUUCAGCGUGUUAAUGCACUUACCAGGGGUUGCGUCUCCAACGAUGGUUUGUGUUGGAGGACGAGUAGACACUUUGGUCGGACAGCCAGACAGCCGCAUGUUCUUUUCUUUCGCUCCAUGA